AUGCCAUAUGCUUAUCACAUUUGCUUUUCGCAGGAGGAUUUACUUAUACAUGGGGACUCCGUUUACGAUAUCAUUGACAAACAGGAUCACGCAACCAUACAAGCCGAACUAAAUCGGAACGUGCCACCGCAGCCAGGUGGCAGCAACAGCAGCAGCAGCGGCGUUGGCGUCGGCGUUGGUGUUGGCGAUUCGACAGCCAGCAAUGGCACUGGCGGCGCCUCCAGUUUGGAGGGGGAGCAUCGCAUGUUUCUCUGUCGCAUGAAUGUUAGUCGCAAUGCGCGACGGCAAAUGCGUUUCGGUGAUCAGAAGGUCGUUCUGGUGCAGGGUCACUAUUUGUCAUUCCUGCCGCUCUGCAGUCGGAACGAGCCCGUCUUUUUAGCCACCUGCACACCCAUCGCCAUGCCGGAGACACGCGAGUGUGUGGUGCAGGGCGCCACCAAUGUGUUUACCACCAUACACUCCAUGGAUAUGAAAAUCGCACACAUCGACAAAAAUGGCGAAUUCCACUUGGGCUACGAAAAGGCGGCGCUGCAGGGCACCUCCUGGUACAAUCUGAUACACAGCGAGAAUCUGCGCGAAGCUCAAAGCAAACACCGGCUAAUAACGCAAUCGGAACAGGAUCGCAGCUGUAUACUGCUGGUUCGCAUGCAGCGCUCUAGCGGCGAGUACACCUGGGUGCAUGUGGUGCUCCAGGUGCGAGAUAGUCCUGACUCAACACAGCAACCUGUCAUUGUGUGCACCAACCAGGUGCUGAAUGAUCGUGAGGCUACCAUAAUGCUGGCCAACUCGUGGCUCUAUCACUAUUACACGGUACAGUCGAAGAUACAAUUUGGCAUGCCACUGGAUAGUGCGAUGCGUGUGCCGCCGGGCAGUAACUCCGGUGGCUACUACAACUCCCAUCAGCAACCGCAUGGAGGCGGCGCCGCUAGUGUUGGCCUGGGCAUGGCCAGCUCUGCGACGGGCAUGUCGACUGCAUCCUACCAUCACCAUCAUCCGCACAUGGGCGCCACCUAUGGAGGCGUUUACCAUGCCGAGGGUGCAGUCGAGCUCAAGGAGGAUCAGCAACUGUAUGGCUUUCAGCCGGGCAGCGGAAACGGGCUGGAGCCUGUAGACUAUAGCCAAGUGAAUGGCACGUCCACUGGCGGCAGUCAAAAGUCCACACAGUCCGCCUCGCCGCCGCCCCCCAAGAAACGGGCGCGGAAUAAACUAGAGCCACUUUAUUUGCACGCUGAGCGUUCGCCGGCGGCGGCCAUUACGCCCGAACCGGACUGUUAUGCGCUGCAUCCGGGUGCAGCCUAUGCCACGGCCGCAGCUGGAGUGGCGGCCAGCAGCAGUGAUGCCACCGCUUCGCCCGCCCUGGUCAGAGUCGGCACAGAAGGCAUCGCUGGAUAG